UGCCUCUAAAAUAAUACAUGGACUUCCCUAAGGCGAACGAUUGAUUAUAAAUACACAAAGAUCACGAGGUCGGAAAAAAAAACAGCAGAACCCAGGGGGCGCCUUAUAAAAAAAAGUUGUAGCAGGCAGGCAGGCUCACUCAGAUGUCUAAGUCAAGGUUGGAAGGUAAGGUAGCUCUUAUCACUGGUGCCGCCAGCGGGAUUGGUGAGGAGACGGUGAGGUUAUUUGUGGAACAUGGGGCUUUUGUUAUCAUUGCUGAUGUCCAAGAUGAUCUCGGGAACAAAGUCGCGGCAUCCAUCGGCCUAGACAAGGUUAGUUACUGUCACUGUGACGUAAGAGACGAGAAGCAGGUAGAGGCAACAGUGAGUUACGCGGUGGAGAAAUAUGGAAGGCUGGACAUUUUGUUCAGCAAUGCUGGUGUCUAUGGACCGUUACCUGGGAUCUUGGAACUUGACGUUAAUGGCUUCGACAACACCAUGGCCACAAAUGUUCGAGGUGUUGCAGCCACGAUCAAGCAUGCCGCUCGUGCUAUGGUGGCUAAAAACAUACGCGGAUCCAUCAUAUGCACUGCGAGUGUAGCAUCUUGUGUAGGAGGAAUCGCAACGAUUGGUUAUACGACAUCGAAACAUGCUGUUGUAGGACUUGUUCGAGGAGCAUGUAGUGAGCUAGGGGGUUACGGGAUCAGAGUGAAUUGCGUUUCUCCAUUUGGAGUGGCCACGCCUCUUGCUUGUAAAAUUUUCGAUAUGGAACCAAGUGAAGUAGAGGCCAAUACUUGUUCCAGGAGCAACUUGAAAGGUAUUGUGUUGAAGGCUAGACACAUUUCGGAGGCUGCAUUGUUUCUUGCUUCUGAUGAAUCCGUUUACAUCAGUGGCCAAAACUUGGCAGUUGAUGGAGGCUUUUCAGUGGUUAAUUACAGUUUUCCAGAAGUUCAUAACUAAUGCUAGUCAUCACUGUUAGAACGCAAUAUUUAAUAAAGAUUGGCCAUUAAUUCGGCUCCUAUUUAAAACUUUA